AUGCAUUCAGAAAUCACUCCGGCGGUACUCUCUCAACUACCAUUUCUUCGGGCAUGUAUCAAGGAGACUUUCCGACUGUUCCCCAUCGGCACAGAAAUCUCACGCAUUCCCCAGAAGGAUCUCACUCUCAGCGGCUAUCACAUUCCAGCUGGCACACCUGUCGAUAUUAACACAAACGUGUUGAUGAGAUCACCGGUGUUAUUCACGGAUCCGCUUUCAUUCCAACCGAAAAGAUGGCUUCGUGAUGGGCCUGGUCAACGACAGCAGGAUUUCCACCCAUUUGCCUUUCUUCCGUUCGGUUUCGGACCGCGUAUGUGUGCAGGACGUCGUUUUGCUGAACAGGAUCUGCAGGUUGUACUGUGUCGGUUGGUGCAGAACUAUCAAAUCGCUCAUCAUCAUGAGCCGAUCAAACAGAUUUAUGAGACACUUCUUCUGCCCCAGGGCUCUUGUGACUUCCGAUUCGAACCUCUGUAA